UAUAACUCGUCAAAGUUCUACUUCUUGAUUAUAAAAUUAAAAUCACUUAUUAAAUACAUGACUGAGUAUGAGUAUGAGUUGAAUCUUAUUGCUAAUGUCGACUCCAUAGCUCGCUAUUAGUCUUACCGUGCGGUAAUAACACGGAUGCCUGCUAAUAACUAAAACUGUAAUUGGCCUGUUAGUUUAAGGAAUCUUAAGCGUUCUUGUCUAAUUGUCUAUUUUUGGGUUAGUUCAAGAGUCUUAAGAAGAGCUGUUGUUUCAGACUGGUGAACUUCGACACGGACAAGGUGUACGCGUGGCUCAUCAGCACGAGUGGCACCACUGGCCUGCCUAAGGUCGCAGCCAUCAAGCACUCUGAAGUUAUGAAGGUUGUGAAAAUAAGCUCAAUUAUAAAAGGAAAAGAAAGGGUUCCUUUGUUGAACCAGUCAAGCAUGCACUGGAUAACAUCUUACUUAUCAACGAUAAGUAACAUCUCUAGCAACCAAUACAACGUGCAAACAUCGUCACCUCAAACCGUCGAACAUAUGAUUGAUGUUAUUAACAAAUAUAAGCCAACAAUGGUUAAUUCAAGCCCACUGCUAUUUGUCAACAUUGUGAGACACGAGAAAUACUGCGACCUUACGUGCUUCAAGAAAAUCGUCAUCACCGGGUUCACUAUGAACCCUGAAAUUUUUAAGCAACUGAAGGAAAGGGUGGGACCUGAAGGCCUCGUAUGGAACCUCAUGGGACAGACCGAAUGUGUCGGUUGUAUUCUGAUGCCAGCGCCUAACGGCCCUCAGGGUAAUUGUGGCUUUGAGCUGCCAUCGUUAGUACCAGUACAAUUGGUGGAUCCGACAACUGGCGAAGUUAUCACUGAGCCAAAUAGGACAGGAGAACUGUGGACUAAGGGUCCAAGGUUUACGGAAUACUACAACAACCCAGAAGCUACAGCGGCCGUGUUCUCUCCCGACGGCUGGUACAAGACCGGGGAUCUGCUGUACAGGGACGAAAAUGGAUUCUUCUUCUACGUGGAGCGCAUGAGCAGCUCGUUCAGAUAUCGCAACUAUUACGUCACACCUUUAGAGUUGGAACAGUUGAUCCUGGAGCACCCAGGAGUGAUGGAUGUGUGCGUUGUGGGCAUGCCGCACCCUGAGGACGGCAAGCAGGCGGUCGCGUGUGUCCAGACACGCCCUGGGUUCAGUCUUACAGAGCAGGAUGUUAAAGAUAUCGUUGCUGGUAAAUUAUCCGUUCCCAAACACAUACAUGGCGGCGUCAUUUUCGUGGAAGAUUUCCCUAGAACAGUCGCUGGUAAAAUCGCAAGAGGGAAAGUUUACGAUUUCAUCCUCGAAGUCCGCAAGGCAGUUUCAGAAUACCCCUGCUCCGGGAACACGAAGAAGUUAAUCAGCUCCUUCCAGCGGCUUUUCACCACGAACAACCUCAGAAUAGUUUCAACGGGGAGACGCUGAUUGUCUUGUAGAUAUAUUCUUUAAAUUAUUUAGACCAAAUAAGGCCAGAGAUUGUCAUCUAUCAUGUCAUAAGAUAUCAUUCUUGUGAUAAGAUAGAAUUAAGCCGAGGGAUGUUUGUUUUUUAGAAAAAAUACUCUUCAGCGCUGCUUUAAGACAGCAUUUAAACUACCUCGAUUAACAGGAAUGUAUUACGAUUUCGGUAACUUUUAAGGUUUUCCAGGAGUUAUAAUUCUAACCAAAAUGAUAAUCGUUGAUAGAAAACGUCAAUCAAAAAUUAAAUACCCCGGCCACAUACUCGACGUGUGGCAUAGGAAGUAGCGAGGGAAGUAGGCUGAGACGUAGUGUGACCACGUCAUGCUGCUCGUAAUGCUCCUGGUCAAGCUGCUCCCUAUUUUUGUCGGUUUUUUGGCCAUCAAAGGACCGGCAAUGAUUAUAAAGUAUAAAGCGUCGGGAUUAAUCACAUGAGUAGAACAGUGGUGUGGGCAGAGAGGGCAACAUCGCGGCAGCGUGAGGAGCAAAGCGAGGAGCAUAGGACCUUAUGGCGGCGGUACUAAUGUUUCAUGUGACUUAUUGUAGCAUCGGUCAAGCUGAUAAUGUUUUGUUUUCGUUUGGCGGUUUUUGAUGUAUGAUUGGUUAGGCCUUCUGGUUUUAUCAACUCUUGGUUGGUUAUGAUAUAAAUUAAUACGACCCAAAAGUUGAUAACAUUGAUAUUAUUAGUUGAUAAAAAAGAUACAAAUGACUAAGAAACUAAGAAAACAGACAUUCAAUCAGUGACCAUUUCUUCUUCCUCGCUUCUCCCGGCAUUAUUGCCACGGCUCAUGGGAGCCUCGGGUUCGCUUGGUAACUAAUCCUAAGAAUUGGCGUAGGCACUAGUUUUUACGAAAGCGAUUUCCAUCUGACCUUCCAACCCAGAGGGUAAACUAGGCUUUAUUGACUGACAAAUCAUUGACCAUAUGUCAGUCAAUUUGUUGUGUAAGUUUUUUAUGUAAAUACUCGUACUUAGCAAAUAAAAAAUAAUUAAAUAAAUACUUAUAUUACAGUACCUGUGUACCUAUUUGUAGUGUUUGUUUAUUCUUCAUGCAAAACUUUGCAUAACUAAGAGGGGCUUCAGCAAUAAAUACGAGGGGUAUAAGUGAACCAUUGGAAACGAGGGUGUGUUGAAUUAAAGACCCAGAUUCGCAAUAUUCUUACCCCCGGGGUUACACACAAUGUCUUACAUCACACUUGCGAAAAAACGAAAUUCUAAGCGAAUUAUUUCUUGAAUUCGGUGACAUUUCAUACAUUCGUUCGCCAUAUUGUAAUUUUUUGACAGGUUAAUCAUCGAAGGCACAUACCCAUCCGGCAUUCAGCCACGGUUGAAAAUUGUGUAAAAAUAUAUUAAACGGUUAUUAAAUUACAUAAAACAAAAACAGUAACUUAUAAACUUCAGUAUUUUUAAAUUAAAAAUGUUUUAUACCUACUUGGUUUGUCUGAGUUUGUGACAUAAUUAAAAAUCUUUUUUUACAAUCCAUAACACCCGAGCCUUUGUACACCUGCAUAUGAAAAGUUUUUAUACCAAUAAGUAGGUCAUUAUUGGAACUGCUGCCACUGUAAUCAUUUGAUAUAAGGAUAAAAAUGAUGUACAUAUAGGUUUAGUCUAAUAUCUUUGUUUAUUUAAGCUAUUACU